GCGGCCGCAGGGUCCCCCCGGCCGCCCCCAGCAUGAGCCCCGCCUUGCCCUGCGAGGAGACAGCGCUGGCUCUCUGGGGGUGAGGGCACCCCAAAACAAGCCCUGGAUUUGUAGGACAAGGUGACCGAGGAACCCCACGGGAGCAGGGAGGACCAGAGCAUCAUGGCACACCCCAUCUCAGCCUUCCAGGCUGCCUACAUCUCCAUCGAAGUGCUGAUCGCUUUGGUGUCCGUGCCGGGCAAUAUCCUGGUCAUCUGGGCUGUGAAGAUGAACCAGGCACUGCGGGAUGCCACCUUCUGCUUCAUCGUCUCGCUGGCAGUGGCCGACGUGGCCGUGGGGGCUCUGGUCAUCCCUCUAGCCAUCAUCAUCAACAUCGGACCCCAGACGGAGUUUUACACCUGCCUUAUGGUGGCCUGUCCCGUCCUCAUCCUCACGGAGAGCUCCAUCCUGGCGCUUCUGGCCAUCGCUGUGGAUCGGUACCUGCGGGUGAAAAUCCCUGUCAGGUAUAAGAGCAUGGUGACACCACGGCGGGCAGCCGUGGCCAUCGCCUGCUGUUGGAUAGUCUCUUUUCUGGUGGGACUUACCCCCAUGUUUGGGUGGAACAACCUCAACAAGAUGCGAAGGACUCAGGAGCUGAACAGCAGCUACACGGAGUUUGUCAUCACGUGCCAGUUUGAGACAGUCAUCAGCAUGGAGUACAUGGUGUACUUCAACUUCUUCGUCUGGGUCCUGCCUCCCCUGCUGCUGAUGCUGCUCAUCUACCUGGAGGUCUUCAACCUCAUCCGCAAGCAGCUCAACAAGAAGGUGUCCUCCAGCUCCAACGACCCCCAGAAGUACUAUGGCAAGGAGCUGAAGAUCGCCAAGUCCUUGGCGCUGGUUCUCUUCCUGUUUGCGCUCAGCUGGCUGCCUCUGCACGUCCUCAACUGCAUCACCCUCUUCUGCCCGUCCUGCCAGACCCCACACAUCCUCACCUACAUCGCCAUCUUCCUCACCCAUGGCAACUCGGCCAUGAACCCCAUCGUCUACGCCUUCCGCAUCAAGAAGUUCCGGACAGCCUUCCUGCAGAUCUGGAACCAGUACUUCUGCUGCAAAACCAACAAAAACGCCACCAGCACCACCACAGCCGAGACAGGCAACUAGGAGGGCAGAGAGGGGCAUCUGUGCCCACCCAGUCCCCACCCGGACACCGUUCCUGCUGUCUCAGGAAGGGGUAGCAAAGACCUGAUAGGUUCUGAGUUCAGCAGCCCCCUGCAGUCCCACAGCCACCCCAGGGGGUUAUUUAUCCAUGAGCAUUGUACUGUUUGGAUAUUGUAGCCUGCACUGAUCCUUUCUGGUUUAGGAUUUUUUCUUCCUGAUUGUUUUUGUUUUUCAUUUUUUAGGCAUUGCCAAGUAUUUAAGGAGCAAUUGUACAGACAAAUGCGCAGUUUAUCUUCAUGCAAAUAAAGUGAUCCAAACCACC